AUGCAAUACAUGAAGCAGAAGCAGCAUAAUGAGCUGCAAGGCUUGGACGGUCAGCAAAGCUACUCGCUAGCGCCUCCUCCAGCAGGCCAUGUGCAACCCAUGGCCCAGUUCAACCAGGCCCCAGUGAUGGUGCAGCCCCCCUUGGGUCCUGUUCCUGUGCCCCAAGUUCCUCGCCAGCAGCAGUUCCCUCAGUUGGAUCCCCGCCAGCAGCGCUACAUGAUGCAGAUGAUGAUGAAGCAAUACCAGCAGCUGCAACUGCUGCCCCCACAACAAACUCCGCAGCAGCCACAACAACAGACGCCACCCCAGCAGCCGCAAGUACAUCAGGGCGCACACCAGUCGCCGCAGAUGCCUCCGCAGCCCCAGAAGGCCAGUCUGCUGCUGCCACAGGUUCCAUUACCGGUAGGAAUGGAACAACCCAUGACUAUGAUGCAACAGCAGAUUUUCGUUCAGCAGCAACAACAACAACAGCAGCAGCAGCAGCAACCUCAACAACAGCCGCAGCCACAACAGCAACCGCAACAGCAACAACAGCAUUCGCAACAGCAGCCACAGCAGCAACUCCAUAAUCGAAUUCAACAACAAGCUCAGACUCAAAUGAACAACUUCCGUCAGCAGGCUGCUGCCGCUGUCGCAGCUGGCCAGGGUACGGUUCGCACUGAAAACGCCAGCCCCAUGAACAUGAACAUGCCUGGCGGCCGUAUGAACCAGGCUCAGGUUCGAGCGGCGCAGAUGGGUAUGCAGACAUUCCCGCAACAAGGCGCUGCCCCGUACGGAGCGAAAAUUCCCGGUCAGCACAUGAUGGUGGAACAAAGCGGUGCACCUGGGGCGCCGGGAAUGGCGCACCCCGCCCAGAAGAAUCGUAACAUGAAUGCGCUCCAGGAUUACCAGAUGCAGUUGAUGUUGUUGGAAAAACAAAACAAAAAACGGCUUGACAUUGCAAGAAAUGGUAGCGCGGAGCUGCAACUGAUUGAGCAGAAAUCACCUGGUGCUUCGCCUGGCCUGAAUACAAAGCCGCUGCCAGUGAUCACUGCAGCAAAGGUGAAAAAAUCUGUGGCGGCCAAGCGUGGACGCAAACCUAGCACCAAUGGUGUGACGCCUCAAGCCAGUGACGACAGCCGGGGAACUCUCAAAAAGGAGUAUACGACGCCGCUCACGCCUGCCACAGAUAAUGAGCCCAAUAAGAAGAAACGUAAAAACGGCGAGUCUCCAAAGAAGGAGAAACCAGUGGCCAAGAAAGAUAAGCUUCCACCAAAGAAGAAGGAUCUGUUUAAAGCCGAAGAUAACGCAGAAUUUUCUGAAGAACGUGCAGAUGAGGGCGCAGAUUACUUCCAUGCUUCACUUGCUGAUGGCGAUAAGAUGAUGGCAGUUGAUAUUCUUGGCGGAAAUGGUCAAGGUGAAAAUAAUUUCUUUAGCUCGGGUGGUAACUCGAGCAUUGACGAUAUUGAGUUUGACUUCCGGCUGUUCUUGGAUGGUGGAGACAACGGCUUGAAUGAGAACAUGAACGGUUUCAACUGGGGCAACCCGAUCGAAGGUGCGGAAUAA